AUGAGAGUGGCGAUCCGGGAGCAGUUGGCCGCACUUGUGCUCUUUGCCGUCCUCCUUGCGCUCGCCAUCGUCGCUAUUCCAACAUGGAUAUAUGUCAACAGCUUCGUCGUUGGCGUAGAGACCGAUGGUCUGUCCUUGACUGCUUCUCUGAAGGCUGCCCAGGUCGCCUCCCAGAUCGAGCUCAUCCAGACCACCUGUACUACCAUAACCACGCGACUCCUGGUUCAGUCCGCCUUCCAAUCCUUCUACCGCGGCAAUACUUCCGACAGCAAUUGGGCUCAGGCUUCCGAUGACCUCCGGAGCGCUCUCAACUCGGGUGGAUCUGCCAAUCUCCUGCAGACAAGGCUAUUCUCGUGUAACGAGACCGGCGCCAGCUCCGAAGGUCUCGUCAGUGUCACUGGCGAUAAUCUCACCCAGGUCUUGCUACCUUAUAAAGCCGCCAACGGAUCCGACGUCUAUCUGAGUGGUGACCAGAACUACGGCUACCCUCCAAGCCUCUACCCAAACAUCACCUAUUACAACUCGUCGAACCCCGACCCGGACAACCCAGGUUACAAUGCGACCACCGCCAGGCCCUUUCCAGAUAUAAGAAUUGAUUCGACCGUCAACGGCCUCAUACUGGGCCCGCUGGUCAUCAACGAGACCUAUGCCCUUAUCUCGCUGACCAUACCUAUCAGACAGAAUACGGGACGAGAGCUAGUGCUCGGAUACAUGACCGUCGUUGCUGAAGCUACGCCCAUCAUCAGUAUCGUAGCUUCCAAGGAAGGACUAGGGACUACCGGGUGCGUCCUGCUGGUCGGACCGGCCACGGGUUGGAAUCGGUUCAGCAAGUAUAACCUCCCUGCAAAUGCUACGAACGAUGCGGCCACCAACUUUUCCGACGUCAAUGUCAACUUCGUCUUGCCUCCUAGUGCGAUGGCAGGCCAGCAUGACAGACAUACGCUCCACAACUUCGCCUCGGGCAAAUACGACGAGCCCUUCAAGGUCUCCGCGUACAAGGCCGCAUUCAAGGCUUUCUCCAAACGGAAUCUUGCCAUCAAUAACGCUAGCAGUAUGCUUUCUACGACCAAUGAACAAGGUUCUGCCGUCGCUGUUGGCUAUGCUCGCCCCCAAAGUGGCUUGGUGAACUGGACGCUCAUUGUCGAACAAGACAGGAAUGAGGCGUACAUUCCCAUCCACAAUCUCCAGAACAUCCUCUUGGGCACCGUCUUUGGUACGGCUGGUCUUGUGCUGCUCUUCAUCUUCCCCUGUGCGCACCUGAGCGUCAAGCCUAUCAGGAGACUGAAAACGGCAACCGAGAAAUCCAUUGCGCCUCCUGGUUACGCCGAAGCAUACGAGGAUGAUGUUGAUUAUGAGGAUGACGAAAACCAACCACCUGGAACGGGACAUGACAAGACAGACAAGGGAGUGCUGAUUCAGCUGAAGAGGUUGAUCCGCAGGAACACCAGAUCGAGGGUUCCUGCCUCGGAACAUAGUAGCGAUCCUCGAAGGCAGAUCUUCAAGAUACCCCGCAAGGUAGAGGAUCGCAAGCACUAUGUCACAGAUGAGCUUACCGAGCUGACCCAGACGUUCAAUGAAAUGAGCGACGAGCUGUUGAAACAAUACACGUCUUUGGAGGCCAAAGUCGCCGAUCGGACUCGCGAACUCGAGAUCAGCAAGAAGGCAGCCGAAGCCGCCAACGAGAGCAAGACGUUGUUCAUUGCCAAUAUAUCCCAUGAGCUGAAAACCCCUCUGAACGGGAUAUUGGGCAUGGCCGCGGUCUGCAUGGAGGAGGACGACCUGACUCGGAUCAAGCAGUCUCUGAAGCUCCUUUACAAGUCUGGAGAUCUACUGUUCCAUCUCCUCGAAGAUCUGCUCAACUUUUCCAAGAACCAAAUUGGCCAACAACUGAGUUUGGAGGAGAAGGAGUUCCGGCUGGGUGAUAUCAAAUCACAAGUGCUAACCAUUUUCGACAAGCAAGUCCGGGAGGGUCGAAUCAUCUUCUCAGUUGAUUUCUUGAGCACCGACGUGGACAUGGGCCAGGGUCCUGACCGGCCUAGUAUAGACGGCAAGCUUCCAGCCCUCGGCCCAUCCGGGACCGGUCGGUUGAAGGAUAUGUGUCUGUGGGGUGAUCAACACAGAAUCCUACAAGUGCUGAUCAACCUCGUGAGCAAUAGUCUCAAGUUCACACCACAUGGCGGCAAGGUGUCCGUGAGGAUAAAAUGCGUAGGAGAGGUCGAGCAGUCAGAGGAGAGCAGAUCGUCUUCUUUCACGAAAAGUGUCUCGAGUCGACCGGGGAGAUCUCGCCAUAGGCUAGGUUCGGGAUCAAACCAUUCGAGCAACUCGAGAGACUCGCCAACUCCACAGCGGCCGUACAAAGGAGGCACAGCAUUAUCGAUCAACCCCAUGGAUCCUAAGACCGCACCGCACGUACAUGUACGUGAGCGGUCUGCGACGCCACCCCCACCAAAUGCCAAACCUUUCUUAUUCGAGUUUGAAGUCGAGGAUACCGGUCCUGGUAUCCCAGAAGAUAUGCAGGAGCGAGUUUUCGAGCCUUUCAUGCAGGGAGAUCUGGGUCUGAGCAAAAAGUACGGUGGAACUGGACUGGGACUCAGUAUCUGCCAACAGUUGGCAAAUCUAAUGGGAGGCGAGAUCACACUAAGGAGCGUAAUGAAGGUCGGCACUACUUUCACGAUGCAGAUACCCCUCAAGUAUACGAAGGACAGGCCUUCAAGCACGGCGUCCAGUAGUCUCAGAUCACGAAACCCCAGCAUUAGCUCGGCAGACGGCGAGAACCGGAAGGUCUCAGCGGGACAAACUACGGCCGAGGCCAAAGCAAGUGUUCUCGACCAGCAGCCCCGUCUCGUCGGCCUGAGUCAACCAUUCUUCGCCGCAAAUCCUAGCCCCAAAUCCAAACCAACCACGCAAGAUCGCUUGAAGGCUGCCGAAAUCGCCGUAGCAAACAAAGGCGGAGGAAAGUUGCGAGUCUUGGUUGCAGAAGAUAACCCUACCAAUAUCGAGGUCGUGAGCAGAAUGCUGAAGCUUGAGGAUGUGUACGAUGUGACGAUCGCCAAGGACGGCCAGGAAGCGUACGAUCUGGUCAAAGCGGAUAUGGCGAAUGACCAUCACUUUGACCUGAUCUUCAUGGACAUCCAGAUGCCCAACGUCGAUGGUCUUCAGAGCACACGACUGAUUCGACAAAUGGGAUACUCGGCCCCCAUCGUCGCCUUGACCGCAUUUGCCGACGAGAGCAAUGUCAAAAACUGCAUGGAAUCAGGCAUGAACGAGUUCCUCAGCAAGCCUAUCCGUCGGCCAGCUCUCAAGCAGGUUCUCAAGAAGUUUGCAACUAUCCCCGAAGAGCCGGAAACGACAUCCCUCACUAGGAAAACGACACCUGACAAGGAUAGUCCCACCAAUGUAGCCCAUUCGCCUAAUGGGGGCGCUUCGUCUGGCCCGGCAAAGUCCAAAGAUCUCCCCUCCAGGGACCCGAACACUUAA